AUGGAGUCUCCCACAUUAUCGCGCUCCAGCUCCUUUGCACCAGGCCCUCAUCGCCGCUCCCACCCAAACCUACAUCAUCUCUCGUUAGCACCACUGACCCCGAAAUACCCCAUCGCCCCAGCCGAUUACUCGCCAUACUUCGAUCCGUCAACGUCCGAGCUCCACACAUCCACAUCCAUAAGCCAGAUCGCCAGCCUGCCGUCGCCAGGCGGAAUCUUGACGAGCCACUCCGCCGCGCAUUCCAGAGCGAGUUCGCGCACGAGACUAAAGAGAAAGACACGAUCAGCUGUAUCGAUCCAGCCACCAACAUCAGGCUCAUUUGGAGCGCCAUCAGGCGCGCUAAGUAGCGAAGGCUUUGGGCACAAGAAAUCCGGUCUACAUCUACACACCUCUGAUUCAUCGUGGCUCAUCCAGACGGGCCUGACGUUGACCGAGAGCUCGCGAGAAAGUAAAGGACAGUCAUGGCUUUCGAAGCGCGAUUCCUCGACUUCUCUGCACAGCCCUGUCGACGAGAGACUUCUCCCACGAUCUGGAAGAGCUACGCCGAGCAGCCGCCGAAGGAACAGUGGCAGAAGGAGUAGGGGGUCGCUGGCUAUGACGCCUGCACUACACACGCCGGCAGAUGAGGCUGCGCCAGACUGGGAUGAUGUUCAAACACAAGCAGAAAUUGCGGCACAGGUGGAACACGAAUUUGCAGAUGAGUUUGACGAUGAUCCAUACGGAGUGCUCGACUUUGACGGACAAUUCGACAGUGAAGAUGAGGAAGAUGUGCGAAAAGAAAUCUCGCGAUACCGUCUGGGAGGAUGGAUGGAUGGAGUGGUUGAUGUAUUUCUGCGCUUAGAGGAUAUGCCCGACUAUCAAAGUGAAGACUUGGAGGCUCGCAGGCUUGAAUUGGCCCCAAUACCUUCGACGGAAGCCGAAAAUGCUAGUACGCUAUCUGACAGCUCUGUGGAACCACCUCCUGCAAGGCCAGCUGGUGUCUGGGAUGAUGUGGCUUGGUUCGGUCGCCUUAUAGCGAGAACAGUUCGAUCAUAGCCGGGUGGUGGCUGACCCAGCUUUCAUAUUGUAACAAGACAGAGAUGCAACUCUCAAGAUGCUGAUGUUCUCAUUCUCUCACUUCCAGGCUGAGAUAUCAAUCGGACAAGUCGAUGACUUCGGGCUCGCGGCGCAGCUUUUUGGGAGGGGGAGCAAUGAUGUCGAUGCCUUCGUCCUCGUCCACAAACAUAUCGGUCGCCUCUCGCUUGACUUGUAUUGCGGCCAGCUGUCGCAGAUUAUUCUCGGCCUCCUCCUUCUUGAUCUUGGCUCUUGAAGCUUCCCGAUGCGCCUGCGAGCCUGCGUCAGAUGUGGAUUACCAAUGAUCUCGAAGCUCGUAACAUACCUUUUGUCGGCGGGCCAGCUCUCUUGCU